AUGGCGCAGGCACCGCCGCCCGUCGAUGACGUGGGAAGACUGAUCAAUCUGAUUCCUGUCGGUUUGAAGGAAGCUGCGAUCGAUUCGCCCACCGCCCGCGCCACCGUUGUUCACUAUGGAGAGCAAGUCGAUCUCCUUGAGAAAUGGCUCGACGACUAUGCCAAAGCCUCCACGAGACUCGUUUCCGAAGCCCUGACCCUAGAAAAUGUCCUCAACAACUUCAUAGCCCACGCCGUUCUGCCCGUGAACAUCUCCGAGUCAAUGCUGGAUCAUGACUACAGCAUCCUGGCUAUGAAAAAGUUCGCUGACGGCGCCAAAGAUUAUUGGAUGAGCAUGAUAGCAGUGGUCAAGAGAUUAUCUACUAUGGUGAUUGAUCCCAUAAGACAAUUCCUUCAGAAUGACUUGCGGGCUUUCAAAGAUGCGCGCCGAACGGUAGAGGCUACUCAGAAAACCUUUGAACAUCUGCAAGGAAAAUAUGCUGGGUUGGGCAAAUCGAAAGAACCUUCAUCGCUCAGAGAGGAAGCCUUUCAAUUGCAUGAAGCCCGCAAGCUCUACAUCAAGGCGAUCAUGGACUUCUCCAGUAUGGCACCACAGUUUCGAUUUGCUCUGGAUAAGCUCCUGGUCAAGGUCUUCUUUGAGCAAUGGCGUGAGAUGCGACUCUCGCGUGACAAUACAGCCGCGACAUUCCAACGGAGCGCUGAGGAGAUGCAGAGGAUUAAGGGCUGGCUCUCGGAAUUGGAGGCCAAUGAAAAAACAUUCCGCAGAGAGCUCAUGAUGGCGAAGAAACAGCUGGAGGAUGCCGCCGAGCUUGAAACCCGGCCUUCACGAGAGUUGGAGGAUUACACUUUGUCGACUGUUCCUCCAUUUGCUGGUCAUGGCCAUAGCGCCAGCACUUCAACCCUUCAACGCUCACCCAAAAAGCCCACGUCCCAAACCGGUGAGAAGCAAGGCUGGCUGUUCCUCCGAACCUACAGUGGGAAACCAACGCGAACUGUCUGGGUAAAGAGGUGGGCAUUCGUUCGAAAUGGAGUCUUCGGCUGGCUGCUGCAAGGCACGAGAGCAGGAGGUGUUGAGGAGAGUGAGAGAAUUGGUGUUCUGCUAUGCAAUGUGCGCCCCGCCCCGGCAGAAGAACGUCGCUUCUGUUUCGAGCUUAAGACCAACAAGAAUACGAUCCUCCUUCAAGCAGAAACCCAGUCAGAGCUUGUGGAGUGGAUUGACGCCUUUCACAUUGCCAAAUCCAGGGCGGUGGAUGAUGGUGAUGGAAUCCGCGGCUUCACUUCUGGUACUGGGAAUAUUCAAGCUGGUGCAGCAUUUGCAAUAAGCGCGCCACCAAUUCCCGAAUUUGGUACUUUCAUCCUUGGGUCGACGGAGCCGGGUGCUGUUGGAGAGGAUAUCGCCGCGCUGGAAAAGACCCACACCUUACCGAUUCCAGGGACCGAACAUGGACGUGAGAGCAGUAUGGACUUACCUAGGAGGUCAACAGCCUUUGAUGAAGGCGGCCAUCGUGAUACUGCCUCUCGCAUCAUUUCUAAGCUCGAUUUACACAGAAAGAGUCCAGCUCCAACCCAGGUAUCCGCCAGCCCAUCGACACCAAAUCUCCCCGUUGGUAUUGCAGGCUUGAUUGCCGCCACUCAUGGUCCCAUGCCUAUCGGUGGAAGUACUCCGUUGCUCCAAAAUGCCGACGGCGAGUUCUCUAGGCCACGAAGUGCAUUUACUUUGGCCCUUCGAGACAUGCCUGCCAGCAGUCUUGCACCUUCGACGUUGGCUGCGGUACCAUCUCCUACCAACCUGAGCAAGUCGGCAGUGAUCAUUACCGGAGAGCGUGGUCUGAGUCCUGCCCCGGACAAGACUGGACUUCCUACGGGGCUUGUGGUCAACACCUGGGGGACGUCCUGUACAGCCUUUUUGAACCGACUUGAACGGACUGGCCCAAAUGAUAAGGCCGAAGUCAAACUCCUAGCGCAGCGGACCCCGACGCUUCAACCAUCAUUUUCUCUUCCAAAAGCAUCCGCUACGCCUACUCGGCCGGCUGUUCCCCUCCAAAAUAGUAUUCCACACCUUGACUUAAGUGUGCCCCAAAUGGGAGGCACUCGAAGCAGAACUCCCUCGCCAAGUAAGAAACAGCACAGGAGCACUAUAAGUGUGGAUCGAGAUACUGCGAGACACUUCAAUACCGACCUACUCGUGCCUGACUUCCCCAACUAUUAUCCUUUGCAGCUCAAGUCUCAGGACGCACAGUUCCGCCUUCUGUUUCCAAAUGUGAAACGCGACGACAGACUAGUCAUGGUGUUUAGGGCGACCUGGAACCCAGGUGAACAACAAGAAUUCCCCGGCCGAGUCUACGUGACUUCCAGGGACAUCUACUUCUACAGCAACCACCUAGGCUUGGUCCUGACGUCGUGUGUGCCUCUUGGAUCCAUUGACGAGGCCACUGCUGCUCCCGGACGAGACUGUGACUUUAUCUUCCUGCAUCUCAAGGAUGCCGCAAGCGACGCCGCUAACCGACGCAUCACAAUCAAAACAUUUCUCGAGCCGUUGAGACUUCUGCAAAGGCGCUUGAACUUUUUGAUAAGAAAUAGUGCUUCCGACGAGCCUCUCGACUUGGAGGGGCUAAUGAAGGCUCUGAUCAAAAUGGAGACCGAGAGCCCUGACAGGAGCCCCAGUCUGGAAAGCUGGGAAGAUGUGUCCCCAAACACGCCUGUCGAUACGGGUGGGCCCCGAUAUCGUGGUAGAGCGUCAACUAUCGGAACUGAAAUACGAGGCCCACUGCGAGUUGACCGUGCUUUACAUCACACUCAACUAGGCCGGAGGGAAUCGAAGUUCAAAUUGCCCGCCCAACCGGUGAUUUAUACGCCCCCAGGAAAUCUGCGACUAGCCGUCGAGAAGGAGUUUGACAUCAGCGCUAAGGCAUUAUUCCAUGUCAUGUUUGGAGAUAAGAGCGCUUUGUGGCAAUUGCUUCAACAUGAGAGGCGCGCGAAAAAUGUGACCCAAGGGCCGUGGUUGAAUGUUGGAGAAGGACGGCUUCGACGAGAGUUCACUUUCGACAUUCCCACCAAAAACAUGCUGGGUCAAGAAUCUUUUACACGAGUUAAUGACUACCAGACCAUCGAUGUCAAUAGUGACCACUUGUGCUAUGUCAUUACAGACAAGCGAACCCCAUGGCAUCUCCCCUACCAACACAACCAUCGCCUCGUUAGCAAGAUUGUCAUCACUCACGUUGCAAAAGCCAGAUGUAAACUCGCAGUUUUUGUCAAGAUAGAGUGGCUGCGCACCGCCUGGAUGCUGGGAGGAGUGGUUGAGCGACAGGCGCUGUAUGAUCUUGAACUCGAUUCUCAAGAUCUCGCGGAUUUGGUGGCGGAUCAAGUUCGCAAGCUCGGCCUCCACAGUCGCACCAAAAAGGCAAUUCAGAUCUUCGGCCAAGUUGGCCAUUCGACCGAAACCACCCAACUUCUAGUGGAGGCGUCAGCGCUCAACAUUGAACUGAGGAGACAGCCUGUUUCCCGGACCAUGACUGGACUAUUGGCCCAAAGCACUGCCUCUACGCUGGAGAGCGCCUUGGGAACUCUACUGCAGUCGUUGCUGAGUAUCCUGAGAUGGUCCAUGAAGAUGAUCUCUACUAACAAACUCGUAUUGGUGGCUCUUGUUCUUUCGGCACUGUACAAUGGUUGGCAUGCCUAUCGGGACUCGCUUGACUGGUGGCAUGAACGCAGAGCUGGAAACUUCAUGGCUCGCCUUGGUAUCUCGCCGAACACUGUUAUGAGCAGGGCGGUGUACAUCAGUGACUUGGACGACAUUCUCAGCCGAGAAGCGAAUCUGCCAGCACGGGACUCCAGCGCUUGCUACCGUGUCUUUUAUGAUGAAAAUGACCCGGAGUACUUUCAAGCAGGGCUGAGCCAGACUCCAGCCGCGACAGUGCAGCAAACACGUCAACGACUGGGCACUCAACGGCACGAUCUUCUUGUGGCCGUGCGUGUCGUCAACAGCAUUGAGAAACAAAUCGUGCAGGCGGCCUGGGAACAGUGGGUUGUGGAUGAGCAUCGUCGAUGUCAGGUCGUGGAGGGACUGGUAUUGAAUGACCUGGAGCAGAACUACACGGACGCUGAGAAUGACCUCAAAGGCUGGUAUAACGAAUACUGCACCAGCUGCAGCGACGAAUACAUGAGGAUGCGGACAGCCUGA